AUGCCUCGCAAUGCUAAAAGUAAGUCAUCAUGUGAUGAAAUUUUAAAAUAUGUUGGUGACUUGCGUUUCACUUUUAUUAGUAUGGAGACCAUGAACGUUUACGAUGAAGAUCCAUUCAAAGUUACUCCCAUAUUAGAUAAUGAUAUAAGAACUUCAAAUUCUUUACAUGAAAUUAGUUCACAUUUAGAACCUGAGAAACUUUCACGAAUUCCAUCAAAUACUAGUACAGUUACAACAAAUCCUGAAACAUUAGAAUCUACUGAUGAUAAAGAAAUAAAUGAAUCAGAGUUAAGAAGGCGAAGAAUAAAUAUUGAAGCUACUGAUAGGAUAUCAAUAACACUGGAUAUUAUUAAUACUACCGUUGAACCUGAUUUUGUUGUUGAACAGAAUGGUUCAUUUCAUGAAAACUCGACAGCUGCAAUUCAUUUAUCUUCAUCUCCAACUUUGAUAUCACGACUACCAUAUAUCAUUAUGGUCAUUUAUUCAUAUAUAUUUGAAGACAUUAGCUGGUGGAAACUUUUAAAACUUGUUAUUAUGGUUUUAAAGGUUAUAACAUGUUUAACACUUUGUUCACCUUAUUUACCUUCACUUUGGGUACCUUAUCCUAUCCUUAUUUUCGCAAUAUUUGACCUUUUGUC